UCUGAACUGAAUAAAGCGACUCAUGCAUUUUAUGCUAUUCGAUUUGUUAUUUGUGAAAUACUCAAUUUUGGAAAUGUGGUGGGACAAUUCUUUAUCGUUAAUCUCUUCUUGGGUGGUGAGUUUGCAAAUUAUGGACCUGCUGUUUCGGUGUUUUUAAGUGAAAAUAUAAUGACCAGCACAUACUGGUCAGAUAAUGAUCCUAUGUCAAGAAUAUUCCCGAAGACAGCAAAAUGUUCAUUCACUGAUAUUGGUCCAUCAGGAACUAAACAGAUCAAAGAUGCUUUGUGUGUUCUACCAUUGAACAUUGUUAAUGAAAAGCUAUAUGCAGUUCUCUGGUUUUGGUUUGUCGGAUUAGCAUUAUUGUCAGGCCUAGCUUUGAUAUAUAGAGCGGUUGUAUUCUGUUGUCCAGAAGUGCGAGUGUGGCUACUAAUGGCUCAAACAAAGAACAUUUCCAAAGGUGUUAUUCGCAAUUUAGUAUAUUCAUGUCAUGUAGGCGAUUGGUUUAUUUUACAACAGUUGUAUAAAAAUCUACAUCCAAAUAUAUUCAGAGAGUUGAUUAAUGAUCUGGGUUUGGAGGCUGAUACGAACACAGUCAUACUGUGA